UCCAUGUGCCGGUGAAUCCAGCACCACAUGGGACGAAAAGAUCUUCAACCUGAAUCGUCCUGAACGAAGACAAAGAAGAAGAAGAAGAAGUUUGGAAAAGACCUGAUCUCACUGUUCAGACACACGUCACCCAGAGUUGACAGAUUAUAAACCGUCAUGGCUCCCACCUUGGCUCAGGCGUACCGGCGGCGGUGGUGGAUGGCCAUCACCGCCAUCAUUGAGAACCUCCUGUUCUCCGCUGUUCUGCUGGGUUGGGCCUCGCUGCUCAUCAUGCUAAAGAACGAAGGCUUCUACUCCCACCUCUGCUUCAAGAAUGAGACCAACGCCUCCUCCUCACACAGCGAACGGUGGCCGAGUUGUGUGGAGCAGGAGGAGAUGCUGAACCUGGGCUUCACCAUCGGAUCCUUCCUCCUCAGUGCCGCCACUUUACCGCUGGGGAUCCUCAUGGACCGAUUCGGACCACGGCCUCUGAGGCUCAUCGGCAGCGCUUGUUUUGCUGCUUCCUGUGCGAUGAUAGCCGCUGCAGCAUACGACCCAGAAGUGUUGUCUGUCCUCAUCUUCUUCGCCGUCGCCUUCAAUGGCUUUGGAGGAAUCUGCCUGACCUUCACAUCCCUCACCCUGCCCAACAUGUUUGGUAAUAUUCGGUCGACCAUCCUUUCACUGAUGAUCGGCUCCUAUGCCUCCUCUGCGGUCACAUUUCCUGGUGUCAAGUUGAUCUACGACCUGGGCGUGUCAUUCCGGGUCAUCAUGUGGGUCUGGUCUGGUAUGGCCUGCAUGGUCUUCCUCAACUGCUUCAUCAACUGGCCGGGUGAAUCCUUCCCUGCACCUGAAGACAUCAGAUACACUAAAAAGGUGAAGCUGAGUGGGGUCGUCACCGAGGACAAGAUGACUGGGGAGAGGUACGUCACCCAUGUGACCCUCAUGGAAGAGACCAUGGGAGCCAAGCAGCCUGAGCCGGAGCAUCCAGGAUCCCCGAGCUCAGGCCAAGGUUCAGUACCUCUCUGCCACUCCGUGUGCUCUCCCAUCCUCCUCUGGAGUCUCAUCACCAUGGCGAUGACACAGCUGAGGCUCAUCUUCUUUAUGGGCGCCAUGAAUAAGAUGCUGGAGUUCCUGGUCACCCACGGCGACCCCAAUCCUUCAGAAGCGCUGCAGAAGGAAGCAAAUGAACAAGUUGGUUUCUACUCAUCUGUUUUUGGUUCAUUGCAACUGCUGUGUUUACUGACCUGUCCACUGAUUGGCUACAUCAUGGACUGGAGGAUGAAGGAAUGUGAGGAUGAAAACCCCUCCACAAACACAGAGAAGACCCAAUCAGAGACCCCAAACAGAGACAGGAAAAUCCAGAAACUGACCAAUGCCAUGCGAGCGUUCAUCUUCACCAACCUCCUACUGGUCACCUUUGGAAUCAUCUCCCUGAUUGAUAACUUACCCAUUCAGAUUGUGUCAUUCGUUCUACACACCAUUGUCAGAGGAUUCAUCCAUUCCUGCUGUGGAGGUCUCUACGCCGCCGUGUAUCCAGCGAACCACUUUGGGACACUGACGGGCCUUCAGUCCAUGGUCAGCGCUGCGUUCGCUUUGCUCCAGCAGCCUCUGUUCAUGGUGAUGGUGGGACCACUCAAAGGCGACCCCUACUGGAUCAACCUCGGCCUCCUCAUCUUCUCGUUGACCGGCUUCCUGCUCCCGGGUUAUCUGUUCUACCACCGCAGGAAUCUGAUCAGGGCAAAGGCGAAGCGUGACAGGCACCCGGAGAACGCCGCUCUGACCCAAUCAGAGAGCGAGGCUGAUAAAAACAAAGCCAAUGGCUACGCAGCUAAUGCAUCCACACCUAACGGGCACCCUUAAACUGACUUAUAGGACUGAAAUAUUAUAAUUAUUUUACAAUUUUUUUUUUUAUUUUGUAGUCGCAAUUUUAAUACGUGUUGUUGGACACAAAUGCAACAUUAUUUUAGUUAAAAUGUUAAAAUCAAGCAAAAGAACAAAAGGAUUUGAGAAUUUUCAAUUACCUAAAAGUGAGUGUCUGGUGAAUGGCAUGCUGGGAUAUAGGAAGGUAAUCCGUUCAUCGUAACAAUAAGGAUUAAUACCAUAAAGACGAGGACCAUACGAGUGGUUUUACUCACUGUCUGAUGUUAGUAUUAUUCAUAUCCAAUUAGUUUGUAUCACAUAAAAGGGGUUUCUACAGCUGUUAAAGUGCUUUAAUUCAGAAAUCAUAGUUAUAGAUGCGAAUGUUUGUUAUCUCACCUUAUGUCUUCAUUGUUUUCCUAAACAACAAGUGGAUUAAACUAAUUGAUCCCUAAUAAUCCAAUUGCACUCUUAAAGGUUCAGUUUGUAAUCUGUCAGUGAAGAUGCAGAUUGAAAGUAGCUUAGUAUUCACUUCACUCUUACCCACAGUGGUCAAAAGAGAAAAAAAACAAAGUAGGUCAUCAUUAGAGUCAGUGUUUGUUUGUCCUUUCUGGGCUCUUAACUCUGACAUCUUAUCAGCAAUUUAAGUUUUAUGUCUAAAAGCACCUGUGACUGGUCGAAGUCUGGGCUAUGAUGUAGGUUUUCUGCAGCCUCAGAGUUGAGUCCAGAGGAGUGGGCAGAAUUCCUGUUUCUUCUCAGAUUAUCCAAAUAUACUGUAGGGCAAGGGUGUCAAACUCAUUUUCUGUCAGGGGCCACAUUCAGCCCAGUAUGAUCUCAAGUGGGCAGGACCAGUAACAUAAUAACAAUGAAAAAUAUAAAAUUACAUUUUGAUGUUGGCGGCCAAAUCUGGCCUAACCCAGGGGUCCAAUCCAGCCAAUGGGAUGAUUAUGUGAAAUGUAAAAAUUAUAUUGAAUAUUUUAACAAUCAAGAAUGUCAAAGUAAUCUGUGUUCAGUGGGCACAUACAACAAUUUGAUCUCAAAGGGGGUUGGACCAGUAAAAUACUAUUAUAAUAGUCUGUAGGCUGAGUAAUGACAACUCCAAAUUUGUGUAGUUUUUGUGUGUGUAAAAAAAAAUU